AUGUCUGGGAAAAAGCAAAGACGGAACAUAUCUCGCUCCACAAGAGCAGAGCUGCAAUUUCCUGUCAGCCGGGUAGACCGCUUCCUGCGAGAGGGAAACUCUGCCCAGCGUCUGAGCGCUACUGCACCUGUGUUCCUUGCUGGUGUACUGGAGUGCCUGACUUCCAACAUCCUGGUUCGGGCUGGAGAGGAACCCCACAGCAAGCGCAGGAAUCACAUCACCCCAGAGCACGUCUGUCAGGUGGUACAGAACAACCGAGACCUUUUGAAACUCUUCCAGGAUAACACCAAAUCACUGACUUUUGAAGAACCAGAACUCAAUGAGAACUGA